AUUCGUGCGUAAAAACCAUUUUUACGCGCGAAUCCAAAGGAGAAGAGAAUCACCCGGAAAGCUGCAGGUAGACCUGAGAGAGAGCGCUCGUUUGCGGCUCAAGAUCAGGCGCUCGUCAGAGACAAGAGGAAAGGAGGGAGGAGGAGGUGGAGGGGGAGCCUAAAGGCCAAAGUCAGCUUUAUGUGCCGCAGCGGGUCACUUUCUGCGAGCCAUUUGGAGCCAGAGGCGACCCGGAGCGCGCAGGAGCCGCAUCAAACUGAGGCAGACCAUCAGUCCCAAUCACUGAGGCCAGCAGCAGGGAGCACAUUGCUCCACAUUGGGAAGAGAGAGAGAGAGGGGAAAAAACAGACAAACAGACACGGAAGAGAAGUGAGAGAAAGAGAGAGAGAGACUGAGUGCGCGACGAUCGGCAAAAAAAAAAAAAAAACGCACUGUGGAAGUUUAAAGUGUGCGGGAUCAGGAGGAAACAGGCUCGAGUGGCCGCGCAGGGUCGGAGAAGAUGCCGCGGGUUGUCCCGGACCAGAGGAGCAAGUUUGAGAAUGAGGAGUUUUUCCGCAAGUUAAGCAGAGAGUGUGAGAUUAAAUACACUGGCUUCAGGGACCGGCCCCACGAGGAGAGGCAAGCCCGCUUCCAGAACGCCUGCAGGGACGGACGAUCAGAAGUCGCCUUCGUGGCGACAGGAACAAACCUCUCCCUGCAGUUUUUCCCAGCCAAUCUUCAUGGCGACCAGAGGCAGGUGCCAUCGCGGGAAUACGUCGACUUCGAGAGAGAGACGGGAAAGGUCUAUUUAAAGGCGCCGAUGAUCCUGAAUGGGGUUUGUGUGAUCUGGAGAGGCUGGAUUGACCUACAGAGGCUGGACGGGAUGGGAUACCUGGAGUAUGAUGACGAGCGAGCACAGCACGAGGACGCUUUGGCUCAGGCAGCAUUUGAGGAAGCGCGGCGCAGAACCAGAGACUUUGAGGACAGAGACCGAUCACACCGAGAGGAUUUAGAGGACCCUGUGGUUUCUAAAAUCUGGGACUGAUGACACACAGAAAGACAGACAGCCAGCAGAAAAGAACAGGUCCAGACGACAGCAGGACCCCAGCCCUGGCUCAAACAUGGCCAACGCUGACGUGGAACACAAGAUGCGCUGAGGAUGGAAGAAGGAAGAAAAAAAUGGAAACUGAAGCAGUUUGUUUGUUUGUUGUUUGAUUUCAACGCAGUCAGCAUGAGACCACACUCAUUGGCCAGUUGUUUUGCAUUAUUCCUCAAAACUGAUAUAUAUUUCAAACUUUUGAAAUCAGACAAAAAUGGAAAUACAAAAUUAACAAAAACCAUUUAAAAGAAACCAAAGACUUAAGCAGGAAUGUUUGGAUGAAGAAGAAAAAAGAGCAGUUAUUGAGAUUUUGACUUAAUUUAGAAAACUUAUGCAAAACGUUGAUAAUGAGAGAAAGAGGAAGAGGUGAGAACAAGAAGGAGCAGAGAAAAGGUCGUUGUGGCUCAGGGUCACGGUCAAAAAAUAAAAUAAGGUCUAACGUUCACAGCAUGAAUCAAAAUGAGGUUUCAACAGUUCAUGAUGUUAAAAUCUAUAUAUAUGCAUUUUUUCAGUGUUUCAACAACUCAUGUUUGCUGAUAUGCUUGUGAAAAACUUCCAUUUUAUCAACUUAAUUUCUUAAAACCUGCUGUUUUCUGAGACCAAAGUUCACUUUGCUGGAAGAAGGAAGGGAGGGAUAAAAAUAGGAGACUUAAAAAAUAUAGAAAGGCAAACCAAAGACAUAUUUACUCGGCUGGAGGGUUAAGAAGUGUUUGCUUUGUGUAAAUUUAGAUUUGUUCAAAACAUCACAGGUUCUGUAGCCACAACCUGAAGGCUCUAAAUAUAGAAACGGCUACAAGGAGGAGAUUUGAACGUCUUUCGUCUUCCGAGAGGUUUUGCACUAUGUGAUACAAUCAGUCUUGAUCUCCACAUUGCUCGUCUUUUUAUUGCAUGAAAACAAAUAUGGGGCUUCCUUUGCUCUUCAUUGCUUGUAUCGCAGCCUCUUUAUCCUAGGAGUGCUCUUUGCUGCUCUUUGAUCAGGAACAACUGGGUGACUCAAACUCUGGUUUUCAAAAAGGUUUCAAUAAAUAAAAUCUUUUUACUUCCUUUUUAUUAUUCUAAUGUAAAAACAAAGCUGCAGCAUAAUACUUCCUUAUGGUAUUCAGAAUCAUUAAAAAGAACCUCAACACAAAAUUAAAACUUAACGGUUAUUGUGGGGUUAUGUAGAGUAGCUAUUGGUAGUCAGAAUAAUCGCAGGAAGGAAUCUCAGUUGACUGUUGUUGGCUUGCAGUUUUUGCUCAAAUUAAUAACUCUCAGGGUUAGGUGGGUGGUAGGUGGGUGGGGUUCGGGUUAAACAUUAAGGAUUCACCUCAACUGUUUUCAGAAACUCACCGCUUUCAGCUGUGCAGCUGUUUCCACGGCACUUUGAGCGAAACCCAAACUCCUAAAUAUGAAAAUACCAACCAAAAUAAUUUUCUGUUUUAAACCAGUUCCGACUUGUAAACAUUAGCAAGUAUAGCUGGAAAGUUUUCUGUCGGGUUUUAAAUAGGUCAACACCCGAGAUUGGUAUUUAUCAGUGUCAGCAGCUCUCUAAUACCAACCAGGACAAGGAGCUGAUACUUUAUUGGAUCGAGUUUACUCAAAUUAAGCACGGUUUUAUUUUCACAAUCAAAAAUUUUGGCUCUUAGUGAUGUUUAGUCUGACUUCUGCAUUACAAGUACAGAGUGCCAUAAGUGCCACUUUUGUAUAUCUUAAAAUUAUUAAUGUAAAAUUGGAAACAAGCAUUUGAUACAGAGAUAUAUGUUCAAAUAUUUUGGAGACAGUAAUGGAAUAAAUACUGUAAUGAUAAUUAAACCUAAACUUUGAAGCACUUAAAAUAUUAUAUAAUGUUUGUUAUGGUGUUGCAGUUCAUCAUGAAAUGUUGACAACUUUCCAUCAAAGAGACUCUCACCUCUGAUUGGUUAACUUGAGCAGUAAGUCAACUUCAGAUCAAGUUUUUAAAAGGUUUGUCCACCUCACUGAAAAGUAUAAUAAAUGUACAAUGUACUGAAGAAUGCAACCAUCAAAUUAGUAAUUUGAUGGUGAAAUGAUGCUUUUUGUAAAUAACACAAAAGAAAUAUAGACUAAACAUAUUUGGAUAACAUAACUUAAUAAGUUAUGUUUUGUUUGUAACUUGAAUUAAAUAAUUAACAGUUUUGGUAAUAAAUUAAGGAUUUCCUUUAGUCCCCGAUUAAAUAAAAUCUUCCAAGCUGCAGCUCAAAUAUUGUUUACUCAUAUCAAGUCAUCACAACUCCUAUUCAGAGAAAAUAUUCACAUUAAUCACAGUUUGCUCCUACAGAGAACUGAACUUAUGAACCAGUUCAGAGAUGCAUUUAGUUCCCGGACGCCACGUCACCCAGAUGCUCCUCGUCUUUGCAGGGCCGUAAAAGCCUGAAUGCAGUUUGCUUUCCCCUGUUCGGUUACAGCACUCGUCUAUUGAAGCCAUGUGUUUUCCUGUAUGUCGUCACCUUCCUUUUGUUGUGUGAAAGUCAAGAUGUUUACUUUUUAUAUUUCUCUUGUCAUUAGGAGUUUUUAGUUCUUUUCUCUGCUUAGACCUGAAGCAGCUGCAGAAUAUUUUAUGUAAAUCAAAAAAAAGUUUUAAAAAAAGAAAAAAAAGGCAUCUCCAGAGAAUUGGGAGGUUUGAGGACUUUUGUUGCUUUUUUAUGUACUCUUUAUUAAUGAUUUUGUAUUCUAUUUUUUAAAAUAAAUCCACCUGAAUGUGGAUCGAGUCAAGUCCUGUAAUCAGAAAAUGUUUUACACUUUGUGAAAUGAACGGUUGUAUUGCCUUUGGCUCCUUUAAGUUUGACUUAUUUAGAUAAAUGCAGACUCAUCAUGGUUCUUGUACAUUUUCAGCAUUUUAAUGAGCUUUAAAAUAAAUUAAACAAAAUAAACAUGAUAAGCUGGAGUUUGGAUUUUCAACCAAGUUUCUUCAGGUUCUCUCUGCAAACACAGCCAUAAAAUCAUCUCAGGGUUCACAACAGAAACAACUUUAUCUGACAUAAUAAUACUUUAACUUUUAAAAUGGUAAAACUUAUUGGCUCGAUUGUGUUCUUUCUUCUGGCAAUCAGCUGAUUUAUUCUCAGCUGGUUCAGUAAUUAGUAAUUAGUCACAAAUGUUUUUAAAAUCUUUUUUUCUGCGUGAACCUGCAGGAUGAGAAGUGCUUUUAUGGUUGAUUGUGGUGUUUUUAAAGGAAGUAAAGGAGAGAAUGUGGAUAUCAUUGCGUGAGUUAAAUGUAUAGAAAUACAAGCUGAGUCCAUUAAUUAAACUGGAAUGUUGAUUACGAAUUCUCUAACAUCUCAUGUUUAGAGAAUAAAUUAUAAUGUUGCGCAAAAGAAAUAUAAUGAGGAGGGAAAAGGUUCUUAAUAAGCAAUCUUUUCUUGUGAUGAUUUGGUCUAUUUAAAGGAAAUUUACUUGAUUUAUAUUUGAACAAUGAGGAAUUCUACAAAAAUAAAAUCGAAUAAGAAAAUUUUUCCAAAUUCUCUGAAUUAAAGCUUUGAGAUUUAGUGAUAAAACCUGGAAGAAAACUGAGAACUCUCCAAAGGAAAAAAAAUUACUUUUAGGUUUAAGAAAAAUUUGAAACUCAAUCUUUUCUCCACCAUUGCACCAAGUGAACUAGAAUAAAAAAACGAAAGCAUCGAAUCCAUCCUUUCCUUUUCUUAAUGCAGGCAUUAAGUCAAACCAUUAAAAUAUCAUUUUCUUUUCUACAUUAUCUGUUACUUUUUUAACUUAUUUAUAUGUUAGAACAACUUGGAUGUUUUGUAGCUUGAGUAAACCUUCUUGCAUUUCUCUUACUGUUUGUGUGCUCUGUGUUUUCAUCUACUUUCAUGUUGAACUUGUCCUCUCAGAGGAGUUUAACAUAUAAUAUGAGAUAUUCAUUUCAAAAUGUUGAUUGUUUAUCACAAUAAAUGUGUAUCAGUUCCUCUA